GGUCGCCAAGUGCUCAUUCUCCAAUUCGCUCUCGAAUAGACUAACAUGUUUGCCCGCACUGCCCUUGUGAUUGCCGCCGCCUUGUCCAUCGUCUCGGACGCCUCCAAGAUGUCCAACAGCGUUCACCGGGAGCUCGAACUUUCAGCCACGGUCUCCAAGGUCGUCGUGGAAUUCAUGGACUCCAACGGCCCCGCACUGGAUGCGGUCGGUUCGAUCGAGUCGGCCUUGUCUCGCGGCGCCCACAUCGAAAACGUCCGCGAGUCGUUGGUCGUGCACGCUGCCAACUCGCAAGCGCCCGUCCUCGACGCCAUCAAGGCGUUCGCGACCAAGGAAGGCGCGAGCGCGAUCAAGUUUGAAUCGUUCUGGGCCUCCAACGUCGUCUACAUUGAAAACGCCCCCGCGGCGCUCUUGGAGUCCAUCGCGGCCAUCCCAGGCGUGUCGAAAGUCCGAACGGCCUCCUCGGCCCGCAUCCCCCCUGUCGUAAUCGAAGACGCGACCGCGGCGCCCCAAGCCAACGAAUGGGGUGUGGAAAUCAUCGGCGCGCCCAAGGUGUGGGCCAAAGGCAACAAGGGCAAGGGCAUCGUCGUCGGCGGGAUCGACACUGGUGUCCGCGCGACUCAUGAAGCGCUCAAGGCCAACUUCCGCGCCGACCACGGCUGGUAUGACGCAUACCACAACAACACGACCCCCGUCGACACGGUUGGCCACGGGUCGCACACGAUGGGUACGAGCGUGGGGACCACUGGCAUCGGUGUCGCCCCCGAAGCGUCGUGGAUUGCGUGCAUGGGCUGCGACUCGACAACCUGCCCCGAAUACGCCCUCCUCAAGUGCGGCGAAUUCAUGAUGUGCCCGACUGACGAGAACGGGAAGAACCCCGACUGCUCCAAGGCCGCCCACGUCAUCAACAACUCGUGGGGCUCUGACGAUGCGACGGAGACGUUCUAUGACGCGACGGUCGCCGCGUGGCGCAAGGCCAACAUCAUCCCGGUCUUUGCCAACGGCAACGCUGGCUACAAGUGCAGCACUGUCGCAUCUCCUGGUCAAGGCAAGCUCACGUUUGGCAUCGGCGCGACCCACAAGACCGACGCGAUCGCGUCUUUCUCGAGCCGAGGUCCUACCCCCGAUGGCCGCAUCAAGCCCGACUUGUCCGCCCCCGGUGAAAGCGUGCGCUCGUCCCUUCCCCGCAGCGACACUUCCUACGGUGUGUACUCGGGCACGUCGAUGGCGACCCCCCACGUCACUGGCGCCGUUGCUCUCAUCUUGGCGGCCAAGCCGGGCAUCAAGUACGACGAAAUCUACAAAGCGUUCACCUCGACCACCGACACCAAGACGCUGAUCCCCACCAACCAAACGUGCGGCGGCGUGUCCGAGCUCAAGUACCCCAACAACGUGUACGGGUACGGGCGCUUGAACAUUGACAGCGCGAUUGCGAGCCUGUCGUCGUCCACGGUCGCCCCCACGACCACCAAAGCUGCGUGCUAA